AUGAGCGCUACAUUAGUGAAUAUAGCUGAGGAGGAUUUCUUCGGUACGGUCAUACGGUAUGGUUUGUACGUGGGAGCGAUUUUUCAAAUGGUAUGCCUAGCAGCCUGCAUCGUCCUACCUGAUUCUUCCGGUUCAAAUGGUGACCCGGGAAGCUGGUCGUCGAAAAAUAAUGACAGUGAAGAUUCGAGCUCGGAACAUUCGUCACCACAAAACACACCUAGAAGACCAUACCAUCGUAGCCGCAAGCAGGACAAGAAAAAGCGUCGUUAA